AUGGUGGCGACGAAAACCUUCAGUGACGCUGAAAUUGACAACAUCGGGCAAGCUCUGAACGAUACAAAGCGUCCCCUGAAGUCUCGCUUCCGAGCACUGUUCAUUCUCCGAAACAUAGGAUGCGAUCGUUCUGUUGAAUGGAUCGGCAAGUGUUUGAAUGACGAGUCUGCACUAUUGAAACACGAGCUUGCAUAUUGUUUGGGACAGAUGCAAAACAAGAGCGCGAUUCCAACUUUGGUUAAUGUUCUUCAAGACGAGAAACAAGAACCGAUGGUCCGUCACGAGGCUGGGGAAGCUCUUGGAGCCAUUGCUGAUCCUUCCGUGAAAGAGGUUCUGCGGAAAUAUGCCCAGGAUCCAUGCCCUGAAGUUUCGGAGACAUGCCAGAUUGCUCUUGGCAGAGUAGAAUGGGUGGAGAAGAGCGGAAAAGACACCAACAGUCCCUACGAUAGUGUUGAUCCCACUCCUUCUGCCUCGACAGUCGAUGUCACCGAACUUGCCGCUACACUAGUCAACGUGUCUUUGCCACUCUUCGACAGAUAUCGUGCAAUGUUUAGUUUGAGAAACAUCAACACUGACGAAUCCAUCAAAGCUCUUGCCCAAGGGUUGUACUGUGAAGAUAGUGCCCUUUUCCGCCACGAAAUUGCUUAUGUUCUCGGUCAAGUCCAGUCUCCAGUCGCAAUCAAAGAAUUGAAAGAUCGUCUUCUUCUGCCAACAGAGAACUGUAUGGUCCGUCAUGAGUGUGCCGAGGCACUUGGUGCCAUCGCCAAUGAGGAGUGCACCGAGAUUCUUAAACAAUAUGUGAACGAUGAGGAACGGGUAGUUCGUGAAAGCUGUGAAGUCGCUUUGGAUAUGGUAGACUACGAAAACAGCUCUGAUUUGCAGUAUGCCUCUCUUUAA